AUUUCCCGGAAAAAAAAAAACAAAACAAAAAAACAAAAAGGGGAAAGUUUUCUGACCCGUCGUCCAACAAGUGGAACUUUUCCGAGACGAAGAGAAUCUGAUCUUCAACCCAAUUUUCCGAGACGAAGAGAAUCUGAUCUUCAACCCAAUUUAGCAGGAAAUUAUGGGUUUUUGGACACUAGUGGAAGGCUGUCUGCUUAUUGCAAAUGCACUGGCAAUACUAAACGAGGAUCGCUUCCUUACACCUAGAGGAUGGAGCUUCCAGGAAUUCUCGGGUGUCAGGAGAAAUUCAUUUAAGGGGCAGCUUAUAGGUCUCAUUUAUGCAACACAGUAUAUGAGAGUUCCUCUUAUUCUCCUCAACUCCAUCUGGAUUGUUGUAAAGCUGGUGUCUGGGUGAUGUUGCCUGAUCAGUUAAUUGUUGCAAGGAUUUGUGAAGAUCAUUCAGAUUCGCGUUAGUAUGCGGAAAAGGUUUCUUUUGGAUGGGUAGAUCAUUUGGGUAAAGUUAAAAAGAAAAAUGUUUUUAUUUAAACUUCUUUCCCAUGACAUGGUAGGAGGAUAAGGUGGUUGUGGAAUUGUUGAGAAAUAUUGACUGUUAUUGUAUUUGUAUCAUUGAAAUUGCAUUCAGAUUUCAGUUCUUUGGUCAUAUAUAAUUUUCUCUGCUGAAUCUUAUCUGAAAUACAGUUUUUUUUUAUAAGAGACAGUAUGCGGAUUUGGUUUUUA